AUGAAGUAGCUAAUAAUUAGAUUAAUUAUCACAGUCUCGAUUCCAAUUAUUGUUGGAGUUGCACUUGUUUUGCUGCUUUUUUAUAAGAGUUUAUGGAAUGCCCUCUACUAAUGGGAAGAUGAAAGCUUAAAGUGGAUAAAUUAAACUUAAUAAUAGAUUUUGCAUAACUCUGCCUAUGCUUAACGUUUAAUAGAGACUUACAGCUUCGAUUAACUGCAACUGCAUUUAAUAGUUAUCAACAGUAUGAUUUAAAAAUAUUAUGGAUCUGAAUUAAAAAAAAAUCCAAAAGCAAGCUUUCUUAAAUGUUCCAAUAAAGAAUUUUCAAAUAAUGAGUGUCCUUAAGAUGCUUAUACAAAGCUCAACCAAAGUACCUAUUAUCUAGAUUUAUACUUUGUAAGAGAAAGAUUUAGCUUUAAUAAACUCACUGCUCAAUAAUAAGAAUUUAUUGUUAUGAACGAGUUUAUUUCAUAUUAUGGAAAAGCUGCUAUAAUAGCUUCUAAUUCAGGAGAAUUUUUGAAAAUAUAGACUAUUUACAACGCAGAUACUACAUCACUUAUGACUUACUAGCCACCUAGGGAUUUAGAUUUUAAAGAUGCAACCUAUUAGACAUGCUUAGGUACUAAUUAUACUGAACCCUAUGAUCCAAGAUGUAGAUAAUGGUACUAGUAUAUUUAAUAGCAUGAAGGAUAUUUUUUUUAUGAGCCUUACAUGGAUGCUAUAAAUGGAAACUUAGAAAUGACUAUUUCGUCACAAAUUAGUUAGAAUUCUGAAUUUGUAUCAGUUAGCAGUAUAGAUUAUCAAAUGAAUUCUAUAAUUGAUUUAUUUAAAAUUUCUCUAAACUAAAAUGCAUACUCUGUACUUUUUCAUGAGUUCAACAAUACAAUAUUUUCUCAUCCUUUACUUGAUGCAUCAGAUAUAACAUCAUGGGGAGACUUAGAGUUUAAGAAUUUGACUGAAAAUUGUUAAGGAGCUUAAGCUUUAUCAGAUUGUUUGAUAGAAAAAUAGAAUUUUGUUUAAUAAUUAAAUAAUACAGUGAAUUUUAUACAAACAUAAAAUUAUUCUAUUGAUUAGCAGAUUAAUACAGAUGGUUUAUAUCAAUAUUGGUCAAGAUAUGGAGUUGAUUUAAUUAGUUUAGUAUAUCCUGUAAGGAGUUAAAUAACUAAAUAUCCUACAUAAUAACCUUAUUCAUUCUCUAUCGUUCUUACUGCUAGAGUAUUAGUUGAUGAAAGUAGUUCAUUGAAGUUAUUUAAUGUUUUAAAUACAAAUUUAAUUAAGAUUCCUCUUUUAAUUGAGUUUUUUGUAUUGAGUGGAAUAAUUGUCGUUUUUAUAGUAAACUAUGGGAAUUUUUAAAUUUACUAAAUUUAAUACCCAAUUGAGUUGCUCAUCAUAUUUUUGUAAAAAAGUUUAAAGGAAUAACAAUAAUUCUAAAAUCCAAAUAAUUUUAAAAGUGAAGGAAAUUAAAAAGAAAAAAAUAAUAACUAAAUUACUAAAUAUUUAAAUACAAUUAAUUCACCUAAGUUAAAUAAGAGCCUAAGCAAAGUAAAUAGCAGUUACUACAAAAGUAAGAUACCACUUUAAGAUUAAUCAAUAUAAAAUAGUAGCUUGUAAAAUUUAAAACCAAAAUAGAUUUUUAUUUUUUAGCAAAAUGAUAAGUAAACAGUAUAAUAAGAUUAAAAUAAAUUAAGGGAAAUAAAUUUAAAUUAAGAUGAAAUCUAAGAAACUUCAAGUAGACUAUUCCAAAGUUAAUUUAAGCGAGACUUCUUAAAUGAUAGUAAUAUAAUGAUAAAAUAAUCAAAUUAAAUCAACCAUGAUAGUAGUAUUAAAAAAUACAAUAAUUUAAAAAGAUUGCUCAAAGAAAAUUCUUCUGAUAUGUCUUAAAAGAAGUUAAACAACUAUAGCUAUUCCGUAACGGACUUUUAAUGUAUCGAAGAAUCAAAAAAUACCACUAUAAUGAAUAAUGACUUCGAUUAAUUAUCAUAAAUAGAAUAAAUCGAAGAAAAAGAAAAAGGAUAAUCUAAAGUCCUUUCUGGAUUGAAACCACUCUUCCAUGAAAUGAAAAUUAUCAAAAAAACGUUUUAAAUGCUUGAAAAGGUAAUAAACUACUAGAUUCAAGCAUAUUCUAAUGAUUAAUAGGAUGUAAUGUAAACUCUUUUCCAUUUUUCUAAGGCUAAAAGUACUUUUUAAAAUCUUCAAAAUUAAACAGGUCUAAGUCGAUGCUACUUUAAUUUGGGCAUCAUUUAUCUUUUGAAAAAUGAAUAUGAAUAAUCAUGUGAGUAUUUUGAGGCAUCAAUCAUGCAAAGCCUAUAAUUCAUAGGAUUAGAAUCUUUAGAUUAGAUUAACGAAAAUACAUUCAUAAAUAUUGAUAAUGAUUAAAAAGAUUAGCUAUUUAUAUUUUGCAUUAUUGAAAAAUAAAAUAAAAACUAUCAAUAGGCUAUUGAGUAUUUCACUUAAAGUUUAGAAUAUGGAACACAUUUUAAUCCUUAGCUGAGAUAAUAAACUAUUGUAAACUUAAAUUACUUAUUUAGUAAGCUUUGUAUUUAGUAAAACGUUAUAGGCGAGUAAUUAGAUAAGUUUGAUUGUAACACUCCUAUAGAUUUGGUAUAUGUAAUUCAAUUAGACUCAAUAUCUUCAUAUAUUAUAGCUGAGUCUUGCCUCGAGAAUAUUAGAAAAUCUAAAUUUUUUUAAAAAAAUGAUAGAAUUUAAAUUAUAAUUUUUAAUUAAGAGCUUGAUGUUUUAUUGCCUUAUACAAGGAUAACUAGUGAUCAUAACUGGGAAGAUGAAAGCUUAAAGUGGAUAAAAUAAACUUAAUAAUAGAUUUUACAUAAUUCUGCCUAUGCUUAAUGCUUAAUAGAGACUUACAGCUUCGAUUAACUGCAAAUGCAUUUAAUAGUUAUCAACAGUAUCAUUUAAAAAUAUUACGGAUCUAAAGUAAAAAAAAAUCUAAAGGCAAGUUUUCUUAAAUGUUCCAAUAAAGAAUUAUCAAUGAAUGAGUGUCCUCAAGAUGUUUACACAAAACUCAAUUAAAGUACCUAUUAUGUAGAUUUAUACUUCGUAAGAGAAAUAUUUAGCUUUAAUAAACUCACUACUCAAUAAUAAGAAUUUAUUGUUAUGAACGAGUUUAUUUCAUAUUAUGGAAAAGCUGCUAUAAUAGCUUCUAAUUCAGGAGAAUUUUUGAAAAUAUAGACUAUUUACAACGCAGAUACUACAUCACUUAUGACUUACUAGCCACCUAGGGAUUUAGAUUUUAAAGAUACAACCUAUUAGACAUGCUUAGGUACUGACUUUACUGAACCAUAUGAUCCAAGAUGUAGAUAAUGGUACUAGUAUGCUUAAUAGCAUGAAGGAUAUUUUUUUUAUGAGCCUUACUUGGAUGCUGUAAAUGGAAAUUUAGAAAUGACUAUUUCGUCACGAAUUAAUUACAAUUCUGAAUUUGUAUCAGUUAACAGUAUAGAUUAUCAAAUGAAUUCUAUCAUUGAUUUAUUUAAAACUUCUUAAAACUAAAAUGCUUACUCUGUACUUUUUCAUGAGUUCAACAAUACUAUAUUCUAUCAUCCUUUACUUAAUGUAUCAGAUGUAACAUCAUGGGGAGACUUAGAGUUUAAGAAUUUGACUGAAAGUUGUUAAGGAGCUUAAGCUUUAUCAGAUUGUAUGAUAGAAAAAUAGAAUUUUGUUUAAUAAUUAGAUAAUACAGUUAAUUUUAUACAAACAUAAAAUUAUUCUAUUGAUUAGCAGAUUAAUACAGAUGGUUUAUAUCAAUAUUGGUCAAGAUAUGGAGUUGAUUUAAUUAGUUUAGUUUAUCCAAUAAGGAGUUAAAUAUCUAAAUAUCCUACAUAAUAACCUUAUUCAUUCUCUAUCGUUCUCACUGCUAGAAUAUUAGUUGAUCAAAGUAGUUAAUUGAAGCUAUUUAAUAUUUUAAAUGCAAAUUUAAUUAAGAUUCCUCUUUUAAUUGAGUUUAUAGUAUUGAGUGGAUUAAUUGUAGUUUUUUUAGUAAACUAUGGGAAUUUUUAAAUUUACUAAAUUUAAUACCCAAUUGAGUUGCUCAUCAUAUUUUUAUAAAAAAGUUUAAAGGAAUAACAAUAAUUCUAAAAUCCAAAUAAUUUUAAAAGUGAAGGAAAUGAAAAAGAAAAAAAUAAUAACUAAAUUACUAAAUAUUUAAAUAUAAGUAACUCACCCAAGUUAAAUAAAAGCCAAAGCAAAAUAUGUAGCAGUUAAUACAAAAGCAAGAUACCACUUUAAGAUUAAUCAAUAUUAAAUAUUAGCAGCUUCUAAAAUAAAACAAAAUAUCUUUUUACUUUUUAGCAAAAUGACACGUAAACGGUAUAAUAAGAUUAAAAUUACUAAAGGGAAAACAUUUUAAAUUAAGAUGAAAUCUCAGAAACUUCAAGUAGAAUAUUCUUAAGUUAAUUUAAGCGAGACUUCUUAAAUGAUAGUAAUAUAAUGAUAAAAUAAUCAAAUUAAAUCAAUCAUGAUAGUAGUAUUAAAAAAUAAAAUAAUUUAAAAAGACCAUUCAAAGAAAAUUCUUCUGAUAUGUCUUAAAAGAGGUUAAUCAACUACAACUAUUCCGUAAAGGACUUUUAACAUAUCGAAGAAUAAAAAAAUACCACUAUAAUGAAUAAUGAAUUCAAUUAAUUGUCAUAGAUAGAAUAAGUCGAAGAAAAAGAAAAAGGAUAAUCUAAAGUCCUUUCUGGAUUGAAACCACUCUUCCAUGAAAUGAAAAUUAUCAAAAAAACAUUUUAAAUGCUUGAAAGGGUAAUAAACUACUAGAUUCAAGCAUAUUCUAAUGAUUAAUAAGAUGUAAUUAAAACUCUUUUUCAUUUUUCUAAGGCUAAAAGUACAUUUUAAAACCUUUAAAAUUAAACAGGACUAAGUCGAUGCUACUUUAAUUUGGGUAUCAUUUAUCUUUUAAAAAAUGAGUAUGAAUAAUCAUGUGAGUAUUUUGAGGCAUCAAUCAUGCAAAGUCUAUAAUUCUUAGGUUUAGAAUCUUUAGAUUAGAUUAAUGAAAAUAUGUUCAUAAAUAUUGAUAAUGAUUAAAAAGAUUAGCUAUUUAUAUUUUAAUGUAGCAAUAUUUUUGAUUCUCAUGUUAAAGAUAAGAAAUAUUUUGAAUAAUAAAAAACAAAAAAUAUAAUUAUCGAAUUACUUAAAACAAAAUAAAAAUUUUUAUCAGGCAUUAUUGAAAAAUAAAAUAAAAACUAUCAAUAGGCUAUUGAGUAUUUCACUUAAAGUUUAGAAUAUGGAACACAUUUUAAUCCUUAGCUGAGAUAAUAAACUAUUGUAAACUUAAAUUACUUAUUUAGUAAGCUUUGUAUUUAGUAAAACGUUAUAGGCGAGUAAUUAGAUAAGUUUGAUUGUAACACUCCUAUAGAUUUGGUAUAUGUAAUUCAAUUAGACUCAAUAUCUUCAUAUAUUAUAGCUGAGUCUUGCCUCGAGAAUAUUAGAAAAUCUAAAUUUUUUUAAAAAAAUGAUAGAAUUUAAAUUAUAAUUUUUAAUUAAGAGCUUGAUGUUUUAUUGCCUUAUACAAGGAUAACUAGUGAUCAUAAUUGGUAACUAUUGAUAAGUUCAAUAAAGAAAAUUGGAAUUAAUACAAUUUAAAGUUAACAAUCUGACUUAAAAAAAUUAGAUUGGAUCUAAGCAAUAAACAAAACUUUAGAUCACGUUUAUGAAUUCAAAGAAUUUGAUUUAGUUUAGUUAAAUCAAAUUUAUAAAUUAAAUAAAAAGCCUAUCAUUCUUCAUUUAAAAGACUAACAAUCAAUUAUAAAUAAUAAUUAAUAAUCAUAAAUAUCAUCGAAUUUUAUAGAAUAUGAGGUAUUCUAUGAAGAAAAUAGGUUAAUCAUGUAAUUGAAUAAGCUUAGAGAAUAAGAAAUUCUUAAUCCAGAAUAUGAGUUUAUGGCUAUCUUAAAUAAUUAUUGA